CCGAGCAAGGAGUGGGCAUCCGAGGCAGCGCAGAAAGGGAGCAGUCAAUGCCAACCUCAAAAGCAAUAUGGAUGAAUGGCCACCUAAGUGGAAUUGGUGAUGUCGCAGUAAGAAUGCCACCGCCCCACAUAUCUCGUCUUCUUUUUCUCUUUCUUUUUCUCGGCAGUCUUUGGGAAGGAUUUGCUAAAUCCAUUCCGGACCAGGGAGCACUUGAGGUGCUCAUCAGAGUCCAGGUGUUUGACAACAGUGACCUUUCACCUCUGGCAGAGGCUGCAGUGGAGGUUUAUGGGAACCAGUCUACCUUGGCAUCCAGCAAGGCGGGCAAAGAUGGCGUCGUCAUGGUCACCUUCCUGUACCACCCUGUCACGUGGGUCAUUAUCACGGCAACCAAACAGGGCUUUGUCACUAACUCCGCCCCCUGGCAUGCCAGCCGCAUCCCCUUGUAUGCGUCAGUCAGCCUCUACCUGCUCCCCCAGCGGCCUGCCAACCUGAUCCUGUAUGAUGACGUAGUCCAGGUUCUGCUGGGAUCCCCAGGAGUCAAAAAACAGCCAUGGAUACAGCUCCAGAGGAAAGCAGUGACUCUGGCCCUCAACUCUACCAACCCAGAGCUUUCUGCUGUGCUGACGUCCGCACAGAGUCAGUAUGAGAUAGGAGGUUUCCCCUACCCACUGGGCCUGGAGAGCAAUGCCACAGGGGCUAACAAUAGCUGGGUGGAGCUGACGGCGGUGGCGGCGGUCAAUGCCCAGCUCUUCAGUCGUAACGGGACCAGUGUUCAGGUUUGGGACCCCGUCCAUAUCUGCAUCCCCCUGCCCUUAGACACACCCCUCCAGACAGCCACCAGUGUCCCCGUGUGGAGGUUUGAGGACAAGACAGGACUCUGGGUCAGGAAAGGAACCGGAUACAUCAAGAAAGACGGAGCACAGCUGACAUGGAGUUUUGUGGCCAACCAGCUAGGAUACUGGCUGGCUGCCUUUCCCUCAACCACAGGCUCAGCUUUGAACCCCACAGGCCUGCGAGACAUCACCACCUACCACACCAUCUUCCUCAUGACCAUCCUGGGUUCCAUGGCUCUGCUGGUGCUGGUGUUGCUCUGUCUGCUGCUCUACUACUGCAGGCGGAGAUGUCUGAAACCGCGGCAGCAGCACCGUCACGGCAAGAUGCAUGUCUCCUCCGGCCUGGACGGCUCCAAGAGAGAUCAAUGCACGUCCAUGUCCCACCUCAACCUCAUCAGCUCAGGCCACAUCCACAUCGACACAGCUUCCUCCACCGGGGGGGACCCAGACGCUCUCAAAUCAAACCUGUCCUCCACCCGGGACCUCCACAGCUCCAGGGAGGAUUUCUUCCGGCACACGCCCCCAGGGAAGGCCCAGCGCCACUCCAAGGUGAACACGGACAAUAUCACCAGGCGUGGCGGUGGGGAGAGUUUUCCCAUGAAGGUGACAACACGCUCUACUAACACUAACAACUUGGAUCCUCAGCUGCUGGUCCGCAAUGACACCCGCAGCUUCAGCUCAGCGGAGGAUAAUACCCAUGAUCCUCAAUGUCGUCACAACCACCACAAUCACAACGCCAAUGACAACCAGGGCUACUCCUCAGAUCCACCAUCUCCACCACCUUUACUGCCUCCCUUCGCCGGGCACUACCAGGAGUACUCUGGCCUGCCCCCGGAGUACUCAGCGUCCCAGACCGGGGACCUCCUAGCCAGGCCCAACUCUCUAAACACCCAGCCCGGCCAGCUCAUCUUCUGCCACUCCAUGGACCAGAUGAAAGAGAGCAUGUACCGGAGCGUGGUGCCCACGCUGGUCAUCCCGGCCCACUACAUGCGCCUGUCGUCGGACCUGUCGGCUGUGGAGCAGGCCCUGGAGAGGCAGCAACAGAUGCAGCACGACAUGGAGGGAAUCCAGGUUAGCAUGACCCUGUCCAGGCAGCAGGGACAAGUACACCAGAACCAGCAGCAGAAACAACAGAACCAGCAACAACAGAAUCAUCAACAGGAGGAUGAGGAAGGGGAAGAACCAGGCCAGCAGAGGGAGGACUCGGAGGGACACUCCAACUGGGCCUCGGACCCUAACGCGGCUCCAGUCCGCAUCCCGGUCCUGUUCAACGACAACACCAUAUCGCAGAUGAACGGAGAGCUGCAGGCGCUGACGGAGAAGAAGCUUCUGGAGCUGGGGGUGAAGCCGCACCCCCGGGCCUGGUUCGUCUCACUGGACGGUCGGUCCAACUCCCUGGUUCGCCACUCCUACAUCGAGCUAGGGGGAGACUCUCUCAGCAUCCCUGGAGGAGGGGGAGGUGGAGGAGCCACGGGGAGUCGUCAUGACAACAGAGUAGACGUCGCUCGUGAAGCCAACAUAAAACAGCGGAAGGGAAAGGAGGAGAGGAAGGCCAAGGAAGCAAAGGAGGCUGCAGCGGCGGCUGAGAGGAAGGGUUACGCAGGGAAGACCUAUACUAAACUCCCCUGCAUCGACACCACAGACCCCCCCAGCAGCAGCAGCGAAAGCCACGCCGCCAUGUACUCUCCAGAGGACAAUUCUCUGGCACCACUGCUGGACGAGGCCCCAGAGACGACGCCCCGUGGGGGCACGUUCCCCCGGAAGGGCCGCAGCCGGGAUAACAGCGCCCGGAGCAGUACCACCACUACCACCAGCGAGGUGACACGCAGGGACUCAGCCACCAGCCCCGAGGAUGGGGAGGAUGCCGAUGAUAAAGACGAGGAGGGGAACAAGAAGAGUCCCUGGCAGAAGCGCGAGGAGAGACCCCUCAUGGUGUGGAAGUAAGGUAGACCUAGGGCUCUCAGGGAACAUUGAGCUACAUGAGAACAGGGGGAGAAGAACCACUGUGUCAACAAACGCCUAGUUUCUGACUGUGUCCCUCGUAGAUUCUCUACAGGAAGAAGAGCAGAGAAUGUGAGAGGUCUGUCUUGGAGAACAAAGAGAAAGACCUGUGUGAAAGAGAUUAUGAAGUGAGAAAGGAAAUCAAACAAACAAGCACAAUUGUCACAUGAACCGUGAUAGGAACCAGGUGUUUUGUAGUCCCACUUUUGCUUGUAGUCAUCACUGAGAUCGGUAGCUAUAUCCGUAUCUCUAGAAGUUUCACAUGGCUGUGGAUUUAUUUAUUUCCAAAAUCAUGAUCCCUAAGCAUGUGGAUGGUGUUUGUUUGCCACAGGAACAAAUGGGAGAGUUCCUCUGACUGGUUGGUAUUCUGAGAUUUUUGAGAAAUGCUCAACAAUGUUUUUCUCCACUGAGCUGUUAGUAGAAUUCCUUGGAAACUUUACCUAUCAGAUUUUCCUGUUACCUUAGAAUUAACCUCAAGUCAUUUUUACAGACCUUUUGGGAAACGUCAGCUGGCCAAACAGAAACAUUUGAUUCCUAUGGAAAACCAAGACUGUCUGGCCAGAACUGAUAGAGAAAGUGGAAUGAAUUAGUAUUUUUGUUUCACUCUUUAAUCUUGGUUUUUUUAACAGAUUGGAUGGCCUUCUUUUUAUGACUGAGUGGUACGUAAUGUCAUUGAGGAGACAGAUCAAUGUAUUAAACAUUAGAGAAAGGGUUGCAGUUGUGUUUGUGAAAUCCUAAUAAGUAAGUCUUAAAACCCAGGGUUUACAAUGAUGUUGUUGUUUCAUUUUGUACUCUAAAGUUUUCCUUGGAGAUAAUGGCAGAAAACCACCUCCACGUUACUAUCACUGAAGCCUGGAGAAUAAUGCAAACCGUUUUGGUUGUCAUUUUCCUUGCUGACAGAAUAUGUUACAGUCAUAUUUUUUCCUUGUUUUACUAACCUGCUGCCUUGUAACAUUAACAUCUAUGGAAGCAUGUACCUGACAAAAUUAUUUGAAAUGUUCAUUAAGCAUUUGCUAGAACAUUUUUGUUAACUUAGCAUUACUAGUCUGUACCUUUUGUUGCAAUAUCAAUUUAUAGUCAGACAUGGAUUGGAUGAUACAGACAUGUAAAACAUUAGCUUAAAAAAACUGAAUAAUUGGCUAUUAUUGCAAACAUGAAGGAUGUAGUGAAAGGAAAAGAUACUGAGUUGAGUGAGUGGAAAUCACAAUUACCUAAUGUUCCCAUGAACUGUGCCAUAUUAGAUAGUCAAUUAUGCGGCAUCUUCACUGGCUCAUCUUCUCAAAACAUCUCAUUAUUAGCCUUCAGAUAAAUAAGACAGGAAUCCAUCCAGGGUUUCUCAGACCUAAAAAUGUUAAUGUCCAACAAAUCACACCAAACAAUUAGUCUCUUAAGUGCCUUCUUUUAGCAUAAAAAAUAAUGUAUUGGAUUCAAGGCCUCAGUAUGUAAACCCAGCAGUUACAACCAUUGUACAACCAUUCAGAAAGCUACUGGCUAAACCAGGGGUUUAACGCAUGCUCUGUAACAUGUUUGCUCAUUAUUUUCAGGUUACGAUAUUGAGUCGUACACAAUGUCAAACUAUUGUUAGCUAAUCAACUUUGAUUUAAACGGACAGCACUCAACCUUGAUGAUCAGGGGUCAUUUGAAGGCAAUCAAGCCAUACACUCGCCAUCAGGUUUAUAAAGUCCAGUUGAAGUUCUAUCACGUUGCCUUGUGCACUAAUAUACAGAAAGCAAAUCAGGUGUAGGACCUUGCCUAAGAUGCACAGCAAUGGUCCUCUUGAUUUCAAACCUGCAUUGUCACAAUCCCUGUUUUAAACCCACUCAUUUUUUGGAUAACUAUCACUGUGCUCUCUCUCUCUUUUUUCUCCAUUCAAAAGUAUGUGAAUGACCCUGGAAAUUCUCUUUUUAAGGCAUGAUACUUUCCAUAUUUUGAGUGACUGGGUUGAUACUAGUAUGCGAAGUGGUUUCCCUGUGGUUUGAGACUAAGGAUCACAACGAACGUACAUGUUCCUCCUCUCAUAAGCAUUUGUGCUGUUGUGGUCUUUUUUGUUUCAUUCAUCAUAGAAUCAGCUUCUCUCACCUUCAAAAUGGUUUGAUGCUUAAAGCUUGCAGAAUUGAGCCACCUGUCUCUGUGAAUAAACCAUCUCAGCUCUGAUAUGGAAUCUCCUUAGACUAUUUCAGAGAUUUUAUGUUUGUUUCUUUUUUGGGGGCCAGGUAACACAUAGCCUAGGGUAUGUUUUUGGGAUGAAGUUAAUGUCCUAUGUCAGUUAAGGGAUGAGGUUGGCACAAGAACGCUAAUAGUUAUAUUGGCACUAUGAGGCACUACUGAAUUGUGUGUUCUAUGUGAUGUGUUCUAUUCAAUUAGCGUUUUUUAAAAUUCGUCAUCAGAAAUUGUUGUGAGGUCAAGGAUAAUACUGGUGUUUAACGUCUUUAAACAAGACAGUCAGAGCUUUGAAAGUGUGUCAAGUCUCUCCACCUCUGUCAGUGCAGGGCAAGCCACUGAUGAAACUCCCCAUAUUAGCAAGUGCAGCAUCUGUGAAUUCGGACAAAUCACAGCCUACCACACGAUGGUGUCAGUGCUGGAAACCGAGGUCAAUGGAAGUUAAACGGUGUAAAUGGGGUGUGUUGUGUUAUGAUUAAAUAUGACUUGAGCAAGGUUUUUUUGUUUACUUUUUUACACAGUUCUUUUUAUAUAUGUGAAUGGCUGGCUAAUUUUAAUUCCUAUAGGCCUACUGUUUGAGUGCUUAUACAAGGUCAGUUGUUGUCUCCUAGGCAACAGACAGAGGGAUGAUGUGCUGUUAUGGUAAACUGGUGCCACCUCCUUUCCCUCAGAUCUAUAUUUCUGAGGCAAAUCUUUGCUAACUUUUAUUGCUUGUUAUUAAUAAUGUUAAUAUACAAUCCAAUGAUUAAAGCAUUUAACAAGUAA